UAUCAGAGUACGUAUCAGAGUCUGAGUCUGUUUGUUACGCUUGAGCGAAGCAGUCGCAACACUGGACGAUACUAGUAGUCGUUUGACCAAUGCUUCUGAGACGUUAGUGCAUUUAAUAUCGUUUUGUUUUCCUCACAAGCAGAAAUGGCCAUUGUGCUCGUGCUCUUGAUCUUCGUAGUUCUAGUGGCUCUCUAUUUCUACUUAACGAAAAAUUAUAAAUACUGGCAGAAACGUCGAAUACCCUGUCCGGAUGGAAUCGUGCCCGGCUUUGGCCACUUCUGGGAUGUUGUCAUGCUGAAGAGCAGUCUCUCCCAGAUUUGUCACAAGUUUUACAAUGAAAAUCGGAAUCGCAGUAUGAUUGGAUUUUAUAAUAUGAUGACGCCGUCGUUACUGAUUCUCGAGUCGGAGUUGGUGAAGAAGGUGCUGCAGACGAGUUUUGUGAACUUUUCCGAGAAUGGCAUUGAAGUCGAUCCCGAAUUGGAUCCUCUUCUGGCUAAUAAUCCAUUCUUUACUACCGGUGACGAGUGGUUGACCGGGAGAAAGCGCUUGACCUACGCGUUCUCUUCCAUGCGACUAAAAAUCUUGCUCGAGACCAUCAAACAGGUGUGCGAGAAGUUCGAGAGCUACUUGGACAAAAAGCUAAGCAAAACCGGAAAAGCGGAGCUCGAGUUAAAGACUUUAUUCGCUAGAUUUACGUCACAGGUGGUAUCUAGCGCUGCUUUCGGUGUGGAUGGCUUGUGUUUCGACGAGAAAGAUAAGGAAUCGUUCUACGAGGUGGGCAAUGAGUUUCUUAAGCCGAGCUUAUGGAACAGCAUUGUUUUCAACAUCACAUUUUUUAUGCCAUGGCUUAACAAAAUCUUUAAGGCAAGUAUUUUACCGAAGAAGGCUGAUCGUUUGUUCAGAACGAUGGUUGCGAAUGUUAUAGAGAAAAGACAGAAAGAAGGGAUACGUGGAAACGACUUUCUCCAAGUGAUGGUCGAUCUGGAAAACAUGAAUAAUAAUAAAAUUAACCUGGAUGUUCUUACGUCCCACGCAGUGUCGUUCUUCCUCGACGGCUACGAGACCUCCAGCUCUACUUUAAGCUUUGUCGCCUAUCAGUUGGCCACUCAUCCAGAAGUGCAGAAAAAAUUACGCGAGGAGAUAGUAUCUGUGAUUAACAAACACAAUGGUGUUACUUACGAAGCCUUGGGAGAGAUGACGUACAUGGAUCAAGUUUUCAAGGAAUCAAUGAGGAUUAUACCUACGGUGGGCUCUCAGAAUAAGAUUUGCACAAAGGAGAUCAUGUUGAGAGGGUCCGAUGGACUUAUCUGUCGCGUGGAACCUGGAACGCCCGUCUUAAUAUCUAUUAUGGGAUUACACGAAGAUCCACGAUACUGGGAGAAUCCCAAACAGUUUGAUCCCGAAAGAUUCAGCCGAGACAGAAAGCACAACAUCGAGAAAUUUGCUUAUCUUGCUUUUGGCGAGGGACCGAGAAUGUGUGUAGGAAUGAGAAUGGCUGAGUUGCAGAUAAAAGCGUGUUUGGCUAUGUUCCUGAGAAAAUACAGUAUAGAGCUUUCUCCAAAGACGCGUUUACCAUUACGUUUAUUGAGUUCAUCUUUCCUGUCCUAUGUGGAGGGCGGCCUUUGGGGUAUAAUUCGGCCACUUUAAUUUAACAAAACGUGUGUUUUUAAUCUCUCUCUUCAGCAAUUUUUUUGUCUCAAUUUUUAUGGAUUUUUGAACUUUUAAUUUUUAUAGAAUUAAUACUUUUAAAAUAAUAUUUUUGGGUUGGUUCUAAAUGAUAUUUUAAUACGAAUCGUAUUUUAAGGGAUAACAAAUGUAAAAAAAAUGUUAAAUUUAUUAGAACAUUUGAAAAAAAUUUAUUUAUUCGAAGAAAUAUAGGGCUCUUAUUUUUUAAUUAUGUAUAAAUUAGAUCUCUAAUUUUUAGGCAAAAAGAAAUUAGCUUUAAUUGAUUUUUUGUCUUUUGUUUCAACAGUCGAAAUAAUUUUUUUGUCUUCUGUUAUAAACAAAUUUUCGAUUCCAAAGUUGCCUGUAACGAAAAGUAACGUACUGCUAAAUUGGCACCUUUGCUAAGACGACAGCUGUGUCGGGGACUGUCCUCUUUAUUACUACGUUACUGAAGUUAUGUACUAUCGUGUUAACAUAUUUAAUACUUAUUGCGUAUCACAUAAUCUCGCGAUCAACAAGUUAUCAAUUGUGUGUGGCCUUAGCUAUGUUGCGGUAAUAAACCGGCUAUAAAUAGAUAAUGACGCAUAUUUAAUAAUAAAGUGUUUUUCUUAUUUGCGGAAAUGAAAUAAAUGAUGUGACACUGCAUAAUACAUGUGCAUUGAGAUGAUAUUAGUCUAAAACGCAAAAAAAUUUGCUAUUUUUUUUGAUAAUUUCUUUAAAGAAAAUGCUGCAUAUAUUUUUUUAUACUUUUACAUAUCUAUUAAUAUAUAUUUAGUAAAUAUCUACAAGUUUUGACAAUACGGCUAUAUUAGUUGUUAUAUUAUGUAAAUUUAAAAACAAACUUCUUUUUUCAGAUUGGCUGACAUGAUUUCUUAGAAACUAUUGAAACUAUCAACUUCAACUUUUGCAUAUUUGUAAUUCACAUAUCUAAUCUUUAGAUCUGAUUGCUGGAACUAGGAUUGUUGCAAUAUUUAUAAAUUAACUAUUUUUAUCACACACACGUUUUUAAAUUUAAUUGAUUUUGUAAAAAAAUCUACACUUGUUUUUUAUAAUUUUUAUAACUUUGUAACAUUUUAAUAAUUUGCAAUAUUAAUCCUAGUUUAGGCGACAAACGGACAUGUAUUUUACUCACAUACAACAAAAGUUGGAGUCAUUAAUGUCAGUAGUUUCGGAGAAGUCGUGUCAGCUAACUUAAAAAGAUGUUUAUCUUUAAAUUUAAAUAACAUAAUAGAAUAAGAACAUAAAUAAGAGAAUGUAAUUUAGAAAAUAUUUUGUAAAA